AAAAAGCAGAAAGGAAUUCUUACCCAAUCAAAAGUAAUCUGAAAACUUGUCAGCAAAGAAUUUUUUUCCCGGAUACACUGUGUCUUAUACCGUUUUGAUCCAUUUGGUUGCCCCGGGAGGUUACUGUUGGAGCACACCACGGGAGGCGCAUUGUUUGUAUGCAAACUGGACGACAUGGCUAUUGUAUGCGUUUGGGCAUAUAUGGAGCCACAGCUGGCACGAAGGACACAGCCCGUCUGAAGUCUGAAGGGAGAUUCGCCUUCGGUUGUUUUCCGCCAGUUUUCUCUCUUCUGACUUUCUCUCCAAGCCGAUUUGCUCCGUCGCUAUGAGUUGCCUGGAUGUGAUGUAUCACCAAAGCUAUGGAGCGCACUACCUCCCUUCAGCUGCGUACAAGGCAACCUACUUUAACCACCAGCAACAACAGAGGAAGCUGAGCGUUUAUAAGAUGCAAGAGUGUAUGGAGCAGCAGCAACAAGGGGGGGGAAGAGGGAUGCUGCCCAGGGAUCAGCGUCUGCAGCAGGUUCCUCCAGCAGCAAGUGCAGAGUCAGGCCAGAGAUCAUCCGAUUCCGAGCUAAAGGACGGUUCUCAACCUGCAGAGGCUGAGUACUUGAGCUCCCGGUGUGUGCUGUUCACUUACUUUCAAGGCGACAUCGGAGACGUGGUAGACGAGCACUUCUCCCGUGCUCUCAGUCAGGCCAGCACCUUCAGCAAUGAGACCAAGCCCAUCAGAGUGACUCAGCCACCGGCCUCUGCCUCAGCUAACAUAUGGAAAGACAGUGGUUCCCUCCAGGAGAGUCAGGGCGGCUCAGCUUGGAACAAUGCGUUUCCAUCCCAAGCCAACUCCUGCCUCCCUUCUGUCUCUGUCUCAGUCCACCCAGACUUUACCACCAGCCCUGUUUCCUUCAACCACCCAGAUGGAGCUCUGUGGGCCGGCCAUGUGCUCUCUCAGGCCAAUCUCCCAUCUGCGGCCACCCUCCCCGACAGCUGGACCUACAAUCUGAGCCCCCAGAGCCCGAGCGGAUACCCCAACGUUCACGACGUCUACCACGCUCAUCCUCGGCCCCCCCGCUCCCACAUUCACGCCAGGCACCCUCACUCCAUGCUCCACACGUACCCGGCCCACAGUUCAGCGCUGGAUCCCAGAUUCAACGCCCUGCUUCUGCCUGGCGUCAGGAGCCAAAGCCAGUCCACCACCAGCACGAGCAGCUCCCCGCAUAGCGAGGGAGGGAAGACAGAGAUGGACUCCAGCAGCAACACUUCAGUCACAGCGACUUCCGUGACCUGGACACCGUCUGCCCUCCAUGGAUCUUUGGAGGUGUAUGACUCAGCCCUUGAUCAGACCAAAGCAAAGACAUCGGUUUGGUUCUAAAUGAUGAGCAGAUGGAAUGUCAACUCACAACAAAAUGGACCUACCGUAUUGCUUUAACAAUGUAUGGCAACAACACCAGCACUGUAAUGUAAAAUGUAGACAUAGAAUGCUAACUGUGGCUUGGUCCAUGUGUCCUGCACUGUCCUCUCAGUCAGCAUGGUGAUGAUCUCAGGCUUAGACUUGAAUGACAGUGAUGUAUUGGCUGACUGUCGAAACUUUUGAAGAAUGAUUAAAAAAACAAAAACAAGAAUAGACUACUAGCUUUAAAUUAGAUGGCCUCUUCUUAACUGGCACGGGAUUCUUUCUUUUUCAUUUCAUGUGUGACCAAGCAGCUCUGUUUCAAGAGCUUGAUUUUGAUCCGCAAUUUCUUUGUACAGUAAAUGUUUGUUAAUUGGUGUAAAUGCUUGUUGUGUGUUUGUGUGCGCUGUUUUUAUCAUGCUAAAUUGCUGAACCAUCCCUGCUAGAAUUGUUGCUUGGAAACUGCCUACGCUAUUUUUCCUUUGGGGAAUGUGUCGUGUAAAUACUGGUACUGUAUGUUGAAAUAAUGCAUUUAUUAAACAGUUUGUGAAAAUUAAGAUUAUUAUUUUUUCUGUUGUCAGUUGUUUUGUAUGCUUAAAUAAACAAAAAA